CGAUCAGUUCGAAGGAGUACAGAAACAGUUCAGAACCGCUGCAAUCAUGUGGAAGCCUAUUGCUAGUGUGCUCAUGCUGCUGACGACGAUGAUCGCUGCACAAUCUUCUCUACCCUACAUCAAGCAGUGUCGGAGAUCGGAUCCGGAACUGAUUGCCUGCCUGAAAGGAACGCUGCACCAUCUGAAACCUUAUCUGGCACAGGGUAUCCCUGAAAUUAAACUACCAUCCGUGGAACCAUUCGUCAUGGAUCAGCUUUCGCUCCAGUUGACUGGAGGACCGCAAGGCUACAGGAUCAACUUGAAAAAUAUGCAAGUGUACGGCGCUAGCAACUUCACGGUCAAGAAUAUGAAACCGUCGGACGGUGACAAACCAUUCGAAGCCAGGUUGACCAUCCCGAAGCUGGUGAUCCAUGCCAAGUACACCUCCAGCGGAGUGCUGAUCAUCAUUCCGGCCAGCGGUGCCGGAGAUUUCGAUGCUGUUUUCGAUGGCGUCACUGCCGACGUCCGCGGCCGAGUAUCGUUCAACGAGAAGCCAACCGGCACUCACAUGCGCGUGGAAACUCUGGAUCUGAACCUGGCCAUCAAGAAGCCACGAUUGAGCGUUUCGAAGAUCUUCAACAACAAUCGAAUUCUGACCGAAGCAACCAACUUGUUCCUGAAGGAAAACGGCGGUGAAGUGCUGCGAGCUCUGCAACCGCAGCUGCAGAAAAAGCUUUCCAGCGAGUUUAUCGGAAUCUCCAACCAGCUGCUGGAGAAUGUUGCUCUGGAAAAUUUCAUCGUCGAUUAGAAGUUGCUUCCCGGCGCCGGAAGAUGUGAUAUGAUUUCAAUCACCUUUUUUUGUACUAUUAGUUUGUUAGACUGUAGUUUGUAAUAUUUUCCAAUCAAUCGAAAGAAAUCUUACCUCCCGUUCAGUUGAAUACAAAAUCACGGUGGUUUCCGGGUUUGAUGGGAACCAAGCGAUAUUCACAGGAAGUUAAUGUAGGACGGCGAUUGAGAGGUUCUAAUCUCUGUGAAACUCAAUUAAAAAUAAUAAAAAUAGAUUGGUAGGUGAACAUAAUUGUUCCGUUGGCACCAGUUAAGAAACGGUAUUUGCGAAUGUUGAAUGCAGAUUGAUAGAUGCAAGGAAACUCAGCUGAGCUGAUACGAUGCAAUGAAAAAGUGCUUAUUCUUGUUUCUGUUUGUACAAAUUAUACAUGAUAAGAUAUGGUUGAAUAAAAUUUGUAAAAUGCUCUA